CAAAAGCUCUCUACCAAGUACUAUAGGCCCUUUCAAAUCAUCAAGAAGAUAGGAGCAGUAGCCUACGAGCUCAAGUUACCCUCCACAUCCACCAUUCACCUGGUGUUCCAUGUAUCCCUGCUCAGAUGGCUCGUGGACCUGCUGCUGUGGUGCCUACUCAAGCUGCUUUACCAGAUUAUGAUGAGUCAGGGCAGCUGAAGAUUGAGCCAUUCAAGAUACUGGCCAUGAGGGUGGUUGCUCGAGAUAAUCAGGCUGCAACGCAGGUUCUUGUGCAAUGGACACAUCAGGACGAGGCUGACGCUACUUGGGAAUUUCUAGAGCAGUUCAAGAAGCAGCAUCCUGAAUUCCAGACUUGAGGACAAGUCUUCAGUGAAGGAGGGAGACUUGUAACACCUUGUCCUCGUUUGUUAGCAGUUAGAAGAUAAAGGACGAAAAUGUAAUAAUGAGAAGAAGGGAUGUAAGUAGGAGACGUCUGUAACGGAUAGUUAACAACCUGAAUAACAACUCCACUUUUCCAAUUCUCUCUCUAUCUCUCUCCUUUUCCAGCUCUUUCCCUCCUCUUUCUAACAUCUAUCUCUGUUAAUCUUCUCUAAUUCGUAGCCAUUUCUCCUCCUUCCUGUCGAAUGUCUCAGGCUAAGGUGUGACAACAUUCAUGAAGUGUCUUUUUGAAUUCGAAGUAGCUCAGGUGACUUUAGCUGGCGAGUAGGACGUACAACUUGACAACCGUUUGCUUUGACAAAGGAACAUAUCAACAACGAGCGGACGACCAUGUCAUGGAGGAGAAGAAACAACUAUGGGGAGGCCGCUAGCUCACUAAACCCAUUUCAUCAGAGCAGUAGAAGAAGCAUCAAGUGGUGGGUAUCAAGUGUCAAGAACCAGUUGAUCCUAAUAACUCGAGUUGUUGGGAGAGAUUCAAUCGUCGAUCAUAUACCACAACACUAACACACCCCCUCAAACGAAAGCCACUCACAAGAGCUUAAAGUUUGCACAGGUCUGAAGCCACUCACAAGAAUACCAGCAUCAUGGCGAUCAGGAUGCUCCGAAUAGCAUCGUCGAAACACAGAAACAAAACCACGUGCUCCGUACAGCAACAUGGCGAUUAGGAUGCUCUGAUACCAUGUCAAGAACCAGUUGAUUCCAAUAACUCGAGUUGUUGGGAAAGGUUCAAUCGUGAUCAUAUACCGUUUACUAAUAUCAAGAGUAUGGUAUGCUGAGGAGUGAGGAGAUUCUAACUGCUACAGCGUUUUGGUGGGUGGUGGUAUUGGUAUUGGAAAUUGACAUUAGGCUAGACUAGUUGGUGGUACUCGGUGAGAAUGAGCGAGCAAGCUCUUCGUCUGCCCAUCUUGAUUUUACGAUGGAUGUUGCAAAACAGCAGCAGAAGAGAGCUGCUCACUGUGCCAGCAGCAGCAGCUGUCCCAAAAGUUUCGGUAAAAAUCUCCCAGACUUAGAGGCCUGAUAGUGAUAGAUAGAUAGAUAGGUAGGUAGGUAAUUUGUGACUGGGCCGGGCUAUUUUUCGAGCUACGGCUCUUCUAACUGGGCUGGACUAGGGUUUUGUUCAGACUUCAGACUCAAGAGUAAAGACGAGUGUCUCCCUCCCCUAGCUAGCUCCUAGCUGUCUCUCCCAGUCUCUCUUUCUCCCUCGCCCUGGUUUCUCUCUUAUAUAAAGUGAAGAAGUGGCAGCAGUCAGUACUCAUGGCUGCCAGUUGGGGAUUGGGGAGGAGAAAGAAGCAAAACCUGUUCUUUCUGGAUACAGGAUUCUUAACCACCCUCAAUUCUCUGGGUUUGAUUUUGCGGAGCUGCUUACUUUUCUUUCCUUGUGUCUGUAUUUGAGUUAGUUAUCGUUUGCGCCUGAUAUUGCAAUUCCCUGAUCUCGAUUUCGGUCCCUUAGUAGAUCUCUAAAGGGAAUCUAUCGUUAGGCGAAAGUGAAAGAGUGCGCCGUGGAUUAUAGACUCCACUGCGCCUCUGCCUUUUAGCUCCGACUUUCCUCCCCUGGGGAUUGUCGGUGACAAGGUUGAUACAUAGGCUUCUUUCCCCGCAAAUUUUCUUUCUUCUCUUGGUUUCGGGGCUUUCUUUAAAAAAAAAAAGCUUUAACAUGCUGUAUUUGCUUCCGGUUGAGAAAGCAGCCGCAGCAGCAGCUUAGAGGGGAGGAGAGGAGAGGGGGGUGAUGAAAGAAAUCAGACGGAUUCCCACUGAAUCUAUAGUGAUUACUCACCAGCUACUUCUGACCCUUCUCCUCAUCCGCCUCCAUGCACUCCCUGCCCGCAGCUGUUCUUUUCAUUUUUGUAUUUCAAAUCGUUCUAGUAAAGUAUUGAACUUAAACUGGGUUGGGAGGAACAAUCAAUAAUAAUGGGCCGGUGAUGUAGAAUCAAUAUAUUUGCUACUCUUGACAGUGAGCUUGUCUCAUGACUCUCAUCAAUGAUGAUUCCUUACCACCAACAUCUCUGAGGCUACUAUUUUCCCUUCCAUUGAUGAUUCCUUAUUUUUCUGUUGCUUUACUUGUGGUUUUCUGGAAUCGUAUUGCUGGAGUGCAGCUUGAAAAUUUCUUCGAAUUCCAAGUCAAGGAGGGAGCAGCACGCAGCUGGCCGGAGCUAUCGCUUACCAGUGGAGUAGCCAAUCCUACAUUUUCAAUGUGGAAUUUUUUUGUAAUAAAGCAUAAGAGUCGAGGAAUGAUAAAGAGUUGGUUGAUUCUCCAUCGGUCCAUCCUUUCCCCAUUCAGCAGUUGUAUAAAUUCUUGAAUGAAAA